CCAAAGCGAGAUCAUGGAGUUCCCGCCAAAAAUGUUGUACCCACGGACAUUCCAGACCUCUCCAGCACGACUCCCGGAGGAGGAAGUUGAGGCGGCUGAGAAUACGGCGGUGGUUCUUCGGGACAAGCUCACCGCGUUGGCCUGUCGCCACGAGCAAGUUAAGAUCGCGUACUAUCAGCUUCACUCGCAUAUCAAAAUCGGUCUGGUCGAGGCAGAGGAAGUUUUCGCAUCUCUGGCGAUCCCGUUGAUGAAGCUUGUCGGUUUGAAGACAACGGAAAUGGUGACCGAGGGGAGAUUCGCCGCUGUCUUCCUCGAUGCCGAUAUCUGUCCCGAAAGGGAUCAGAUGGAUGCCAUCCGAUCUGCUCGAAGGAUUACGCAAAACGGAUUUCGAAUCGGAGAUACGAAGAAUCAGAUCCAUAGUUCAAAGGAAGAAAAUUAUGCUGCCAAAGUUGAAAUAGCUGGCAGAGAGAUUUUGGACAAGCAGCAGAGGCAACUGAUACAGCUUGUCCAGAUCCUAAGGCACUUUGAAAGACAAGCCAUUUCCCACCAGGAAAACAUUCUGCAGAUGAUUGACCAUCAUCGAAUCUUCUGCCACGAAUUCAUCCGGAAAGCCAUCUAUUACAUCACCAUGCUUCGCACCCAAAGUCACGAUACUUUCCCCGUUACAGUCAAGUUCCUUCGAGUGAUUUUCAAUAACGUUAUCGAGGUUCUUGGUUCAGUAGAUUGUGGUGUAAAGGAUCAUAUGCAGGCUGUAGCAGAGAAAAUGUGUUAUCCGUUAGCCAAGCACAUAAACAACCUCACUGCUGAGAUCAACCAUGGUCCUUAUGCGCAACUGAUGAAUGUAGUAAACGAGAUGGAGAGAACAUGGGCAGGCACAAGGCAAGAGCUGGAAGAUGCUAGGGCAAGGAUCAGAAUGGCAGAGGAGCAAGCCAGAAGAGCGAAGGGAAGCCUCGCUUUCAAGCGUCUACGCGUGGAGGGUAGUCAAGAAAACGACGAGAAAAUACUGUGGGAGCUAUUGAGGAAGAAAAGAAAGAUGCAAGGAUCUGAUAGUCCAAUGGGGACCAAUGAUCUAAUCAGACAGACCAACAACAAGCGGGUACGAUCCUUCGACCAUCAAUCAUCGAGAAUGCUCGUCAGUCCUCAAACUACAUGUUCCGACAUUUGGAUCCCUCUUGGCCUUUCACCUUCAGUGAAAUCAGAAACCCUGAGAUUGGGAAGUGUGAGUUUGCUUUUGGGUGGAGAAGUUUGAAAUGGAAAGGGAGAGAGGGAGGGAUGAUGAAUGAAGGCCGAAAAGGUUGAAAAGAAGAGAAGCAAAUACGGGGAGGCAGGCACCGUCCCUUGCCUUUGAGGUCAAACUUGUCUGAUUCUUUGUUCCAGUUUUAUCGAAGAAAAGUGUCACGUCAAGACCCCGGAAACUCUCCUUUGUCGUUGUUGUUAGCAUCGAAAUAUUCUCUUUUUCAAUUUGAUCUCCUGGUCUUUUCCUUGUUCACUUGCAUUCAAUUUCAAUUCGAUAACGGCAGGACACA